AUGGCGCCGCUGAAGCCGGCAGGGAAGAACAGCAUCUUCCGCUUCGCGAGCGUCAAAUACAACACGACCACGCGCAAGUGGGGCCUCGCCACCAGCGCUAACUGGACCGACUACCGCACGUCCACCCUCAGCCGCGUCCGCAACCAGGGCUCCUGCGGCAGCAGCUGGGCGAUGGCGGCGGUGACGGCGGUCGAGCUCGCAUACGCCGUGGCGCGCAACGCGUCGAACGACAUGCAGGCGCCGCGGUACCUGUCGACGCAGCAGGUGCUGAGCUGCGGCGACAGCAAGAAGGGCAACUGCACGGGCGGCUGGCCCACCACUGCGCUGGACUAUGUCGUCAAGACGACGGGGAAAUACGGGGGUAUGGUGACGGAGGGUAAUUACCCCUACACGGGUAACACGACGUGCACGUACGGCACCAAGGAUGACGACGACCAUAGCGGCGGCGAUAAGAAGAAGCCGUCUUCCUGCGACACGUCCAAGUUUCUCCCAGCCGUGUACGCGCCUGGUAGGGAGCAUCGUGUUGCGCAAGUUCACUCUCAACCCGCCCCUUGCUUCCCCUUUCCCACCCCCACCUCCUCCUUCCAGGGCGUGUACUCGGAUUCGUCUUGUGCAGAGGGCCAGGUGGACCAUGCGGUGGUGGUGAUGGGGUAUACCUUCGACUCGCCCGGUCCCCUCUGGAUCAUCAAAAACUCCUGGGGGAAAACGUGGGGCAUGCAGAAUCUUUACCUCUUCCUGCGCUCUCUUUCCCUUCCACCUCUUCUCCCUCCCCUCUCCAGUGGUGGUGUGCACGCGAGCAGACAUCAACCCGUGCGGAGUGGGAACGUGUCUGAACGACGGCAAGGGCUCUCAUACGUGCCUCUGCCCGUGGCUUUGCUCUCUCUUUCCCCCUUUCCCCCACUCACCACUGCAGUGGUAGUGUGCACAAGGGCGGACAUCAACCCAUGUGGAGUGGGCACGUGUCUGAACGACGGCAAGGGCUGGCACACGUGCCUCUGCCCGCGUGGAUUCAUCUUGGCACCACCGCUGUCGGCUCUCAUACCUGCGUGCCCUGUAAGGCCCCCUCGCACACAUAGCCCCCUGCGUGCCCUUGCCGCGCAGCUGGUGUAUGGGCUUUACGGCAUUCCCAAGGACAAGUUCUAUGACCAGAACCCCGACCUGGACUCCUCGGACAGCAAGAUAAAGAAGGGCAAGAAGGUGAACGUGAAGGCCACGUCAGACACCAUCAACUGCGACCUCUUCUACCCCUGGAACUGGGGCAAUCGCUGUGGGCCGGUGGCAGCGCUGUUUGGCAUCACCAUCGCUCGCCUGGAGGAGCUCAACCCGGGCCUCACCUGCCCUACUGGGGCGUACCCCGGCCAGCAGAUCUGUGUGCGGGAGGGCAGCGGGCUGGCCAUCCCGCUGUGCGCGCAGUACCACGUGAUAGCGCCCGCGGACACCGGACUGGCCAUCCCCCUGUGCGCGCAGUACCACGUGAUAGCGCCCCCUGAAAAGUGUGUGAGCAUCAAGCAGCAGUACGGGCUCUCACCCCCUCUUACCUUCCCCUUUCUCCCUCCGCCCAUUCAGAUCUGUGUGCGCGAGGGCACUGGGCUGGCCAUCCCGCUGUGCGCGCAGUAUCACGUGAUCGCGCCCCCGGACACGUGCAGGAGCAUCAGGCAGCAGUACGGGCUCUCCUGGACCACUUACUUCGCCCUCAACCCCGGGGUGUUCUGCGCCAACCUCUACCCCGCUGCCACCGUUGACGGGGUCAACGCCAUUCCCAGUGGCGCGCAGGCUGCAUGUGGUACGCACCGCACCUCAACCCCUCCCUCCCUCUCCUGGACCACCUACUUCUCCCUCAACCCCGGUGCCUUCUGUGCUAACCUCUACCCCGCUCACCUAGUGAUAGGUGAGAUCUGUGUGAAGGCAGCAUUCAACGCGACAAUCAACUAUCUCGCGCCCCGAGACACAUCGGCCAUGCCUUACAACGCAGCAUACACCAGCCUGCUCACCACACAGCACCACUCCCUCCUCCACUCUUCUCACGCCUCUGGGCUGCUCUCAGCACACGCCUUGCCUCAACAAGAGAGCCAGCAGCUGCUGCAGCAGCAGCAAGUGCAGCCGUUGCAGACGAAGCGGCGGUGCCAGGCGUCGUACACGGUGGUGCGGGGGGACUUCUGUGCGCGCAUCAUAGCCCUCAAGUUCCAGUACAACACGCGCAGGAUGGCCGAUCUCAACAACGGCUACGUGUGCACCGACAAUCGCCUAUUUGUCGGUCUCGUGCUCUGCACCUUCCGGUAG